GAACUCAUUUCUGAUUGGUUCGUUGAAAACCUAACAGCCAGCAUGCUCUUCUGACCAUUCGUUCUUAGCUUUGGCUCUUUGAUAGUGGUCUGACUCCGACAAUCAAUAGGGAUGGGAGAGCCGCCUGUGGUGAUCCUCCAGCACCAGAUGAGUGGCAGGUAGUGACGGUGCAAAAGCAAUGUUGUGCUGCCGUGUACAAUGAAGAAGAUAUUCAGCUUUACUAAGAAAAAGAAACACCCGUCUGGUACCCCUGACAGUGGGAGUGUGCUUUCUGUUGGCUAUGAACUAAAAGAAAAGGACCUUGGGAAGGUUCACAAGGCUGCCUCAGUGGGUGAUUUGGCAAAGUUAAAGCAGCUUGCUAAAAAGAAUGACAUUAAUCAACUUGACAAGGAGAACAGAACUGCACUUCAUAUUGCCUGCGCCAGUGGACAUGUUGAGGUGGUGCAAUUCCUUGUUGAGAGCAAAGCCAAGCUUAACCUAUGUGACAAUCAAAAUAGAUCCGCCUUAAUGAAGGCAGUGCAAUGCCAGCAUGAGCGCUGUGUGAGCAUACUGCUGGAGAAUCAUGCCAAGCCUAACCUUGUGGACAUCAAUGGCAAUACAGCCCUACAUUUAGCAGCAAACAUCCCAUCCAUUUCCACUGCUUCCCUGCUGCUGCAGCAUGAGGCUGAUGUCAAUGCACAAAAUAAGGAGGGAUUCACACCCUUGACUGUGGCAGUCCGUGAGGACCAUAUCGAGAUGGCUGAGUUUCUCCUUAAUGAAGGUGCUGAUGUGAAUUUUAUGGACCAAGACCAAAGGUCCCCAUUAAUGAUAGCUGCUGGCAAUGGACAAAUUGGUAUGUUACGGCUGCUUUUGCGGGUUGACGCAGAUAUCACACUAAAGGAUACCAAAGGAUGGUCAGCUGAUGACUACGCAGUGAUGAACGGGCAUCAUCCUUGUUCCCUCCUGAUCAUUGAGCACAGUACCCAGAGGAACGAUGGGAAAUCCCUAUUACAUCAAGGUCCGAGCAAAAAGAAGGAAAAAACGCUAUUGGGCAGUCCUUCCCAAGACGCUGAAGCAGGCUUCUCUUUGGGAGGACCAGCCACUGACAAAGAUGUGGAUCUAGAGCAUGGAGCAAAUGAAGCAGGGCGAGAUUUUGAAGACAAAUCUCAGUCGGAGUCACUAAGUCGGAUUUCAAAAAGUGCUGCGGACGAAUGGGCUUCAUCAGAGGAUGAUGAAUCAGUUUUAAUAGAAAAGAAACCACAGAAGGUAAACCUAAGGAAAAUGAUUGCAUCUAAAAAGGGAGAAGCAGACAAUGCAACUGAACAGGAGAAGAGCAAAAACUCAGAGCAGCCUUCAAGUAGUAAAGCAAGGUCAGACUCCCAAGAGGGAAGCCCAGAGGCCAAGGACUCUGAGGAGGAAGUUGGAGGAGGAGGAGAAGAAGAAGAAGAAGAAGAAGAAGAGGAGGAGGAGGAAGAAGAAGAUGAUGACGACGAUGAUGAUGAAGAUGAGGAGGAGGAUGAAGAAGAGGAGGAGGAGGAGGAUGAAGAUGACGAUGAUGAUGAGGAAAGUGAAGAGGAGGAUGGGGAAGAGUAUGAAGAAGAGAAUGAAUGUGAGGAGGAAGAUGAUGACAACUGUGUGGCUUCUGUCGGGGCCAAGGCCAACACUACUGAAUCUGAAGAUAUACAAAAACCCUCUGUUACUGGUGCCCUUAAAGUUAUUGACAGUGCCGAUGCUCAAAACAUACCUGGUAGUGACAUAUCUUACAACAGUGAAACUAGUCCUGGUAUUGUAGGUGAGAAUGUAGAUGCCUCACAGACAGAUGCAAAAACAGAGACUGAAAAAAAUGACAUUGUCUGCCCAACUGGAACAACAAGUUAUGCAAUGCCAGCAACAUUAGAUGUAGAGGAGGAUUGUGUUGUGUCAGCCGUUAGGGUAGAAUCUAAAUUUUCUGAUGAAGAUGACAGCCUUGGGAAGGAAUGCAUAUGGUCAUCAGACCAAAACAGAAUUUCAGACAUGGGUUCAGCAGGAGGCCCAACACCAUCAGGACAUCACACAGAAUCGCGUUCACCUACUGAGGUUAUGGAGGAAGAGUUUGAAAGAGAAAUGGAAAAGGAUGAUGAUGACUCCUGGAGUGCUAAACAAAACAGCGGUGAUACAGUGUGGAAUGACAGCGAUGAUGAAGAGGAUAAUCAAACAGGCAGAUUUGGUCGCAACACAGUACUCGCUAAUCGAAGAAAUGUGGUGCCUGAGGAUGGAGUGGAAAAUACAGACGGUUCCUCUGAUGCUGAAGAUGAUGCUGGAUCAAACAAAGAAGCUUUCAAAGAAGAGAAACACAGAUCCUCAUGGGGCUCCUCAUUAGAGGACAGUGACAUUGACCUACCCAGAGAAGAUGAGGUAAACAAGGAGACGCUUGAUGAGAAAAGUGAUAUUCAAGCAUCAGAUUUACAACCAGAAGCAGCAGCAUUACCUCAACCAAAUGAAGACCACCUGGAUACCUCAUGGGAUUCUUCAUCACCAGUGGUACCAUCUCCAAAAUGUGUCUCACCUCAGGCAGUGAUAGAUGAACCUAUUUCCUCUUUGGGAUUAUAUUUAACAAGCCCUCCACAGUCCAAAAACAGCCCAACAAAAGCAACAGUAGAUGAAUCAGAAUGGGAUUCUUCUUCUGAAAAUAAUGACAGAAAUGAUAAUGGCUCCUUCACUCAAGGUGACGUGCUGUCACCAGUUUCUAAAACAAAUAUUGUAGCAGCCAACCAGACUGGAGAGCAGCAGUGUUCUGAUGGCUCUGGGGAAGAAGAUAAAGAAAGUAUUGAGAAAGAGUCAAAUGACCCCUCCCCUGCAGUGUCACCAGUAGCUGAGGAUGAAAAAAUAACCAGAAACCAAAUACUAGAUAAUGAUGAUGUUGAAUCAACUGGUCAGUCAUCACUAAUGGAAGGAAAAUUAGACUCAGAGAAUGAGAAAGGCGAUGAUGGUAGCUGGGAUGAUGAAGAUGAAAGUGAUGAGUCAGAAAAGCAGAAGACGAAGGCUGAUGAAGUUGCAGACUGUAGUAACGUCUUGAAGACAUGUCUUUCUACCCCAACCAAUUCGCUGUCACCAAAGUUGAGGCCCACAAGUGCAAUAGACAGGAGGUUAGAGGAAGAAGCUGAAGUAGGUGAUAUUGAGGGAGGUGAAGACAAUGAAAAGGUUCUUCAAUCUAUUAUUGAUGGAAAUGAUGAGUCUCCUGAGGUUAACAUGCUGGAGGAGGAAAAGCUGGUGGGUGUUAAGAAAGACAGUCCCAGCAAAGACGAUGAGACAAGUGAGGACUCUGACAGCAAGGACCAAAAGCUGCAGUACGAUUUUGCCAGCGCCACAGUCAAACUAUCUGAUGUGGGAGAUGAUUCUGAUAAUACUCUUGAUGGAUGCCUGCGUGGAGGUGACAAGUCAGACGAUGAACAUGAGGCUAUAUUAACUGCAUAUGUUCCACUAGAAAAUAGAAGUGCCAUUGUUCCCAAGACAAAAGUGUCAUCAGAUAACGUCAAUGAAGAACCAAGGGAAAAGAUUUUUUCAAACCCUCCCACCAAAGAUGAUGUCACUGCUGGUCAACACCAUGAUAUAGGCGGGAACACAUUGUCUGAUGAAGUGUUACCUCAGACUGACAUUGAUGAUGUUGAUCUGAACUCACCUGAUGAGGCUGAGAGCAUAGGCAUGACAAGUCAAGAGCUCAUGAACAUUGAAGAGCCUGUCAUUCAGAAAGAAGUUUCCACUGAGGAGGAGGAUGAUAAUGAUGAAGAGGAGGAGAGAGAUGAGGAGGAGGAAGACGAGGAAGGAGACUUCUCAGAUGAAAAUGAUCAACCUGAAGAGAGUGGAGAGUCCCUUGACGCCACUUCACCUGUUCCUGAGACAGAAAUCUCUAAAGAUAAGAAAAGAGAUUUCCUGUCUGAGCUGGGUCUAGAGAAGGGAGAUGAAGAGCAGGAUUCAUGGGACUCUGCGUCCCUCUCUGAAAACCCCAAUAUGCCGCAUGAAGAGAAACAAAGCUUGCAUACUCAGGAUCAAGAAGAGAUGUCCACUGUUGAAGAAGAGAUUAAAGAAAACUUGUUUUAUAUUCCCUCUUUUUUAAGAGGAGAAGGAGGCAAUAGGAUGGCAGUGCUAGAGCCUCGGAGGAGUGUAGGCAGCCCAAGAGGCAGCCAGGGAGAGGUUGAAAACAACAACAAUGGUGAUAAUGGAAGCAAACAUGUUGAUAAAGAUGAUACUAUACAGAAAGAGACUGAGAAGGCAAAAUGGGAGCCACUUAGUGUUUUGAGCAAACUUGAAGGAGAUAAAGACCGAAAGACAGACUUAAUGGAGGAGUUUGGUUUGGGUGAUGUUGAUGAUCUUGAAGAUGCAUCAGACUGGGACUCGGCCAGUACUACCAGUAAGAGAACCCUGCCUGGCCGUAGAAUGGCCUCCCCUGGACUUGCGGAGUUCCUAGAAUGCUCCAAUCCAUCUGUCAAAGAGCAGGAUGAAGACGUUGCACCCCUGACACCUCCGAGGAGCAUCAACUCUAACAAGAGACUGCCCAGCACCACCCCUCAACCCGUGCCCCAUCCCCAGCCUCGAGCAAGGAAGAUGGGGCUUCAGAAACCAGAGAGUGAAGAAGAAUCAGAUUGGGAACCAGAGAAUUUGACAACUUCUUACAAUACAGCCAAGACUGAUAAUCAGCUGCAAAACAUAGCUGAGCUUCAGGCAGUGGUUAGACCCGGUUCCCCUGAGCUCUCAUCGUUGGGAAGGGAUAGUAAAAGUAAUGUAGAGUCUGACAAGCAGCAACAAAAGGAGAAAGAUGAUGCAGUAGAUACAUGUGAGUUAGAUCUAAAUAAUCCAUGCCCAUCUGGCCAUGUGGGCUCUGACAGUGGACAAAAAGAUAAUAACUUUAGAGAUCAACACAAUCCUGAAGAAAGAGGUGACGCGGGUGAUGACGUCCCAUGGGAGAAACGUUAUGAGAAGCUCUGGGUAGAGGUGGAGAAAAGGGAGGUAAAAUCCUCCUUCAAGAAUGUUGCUGGAGAAUUAAAAGAGAAAUUUGGAGAACUGCUUAAAUCAAGAUGUCCUGCAGAAGACAUCACUGAAGAAGAACAGGCCAUGGCCGAAUCUACUUCUGCAGAAGAAGAGUCAAGUGAUGAAGACGAAGGCGAAAUCAUUGUGCGCCCCACGGCCAGAGCGAGGAGUACUGUCCUUCUCUCCAUUCCUGAGCAGAGGGAGUCUGGACUGGAAGACUCUGUGACAGAAUCAACUGACAAGUCCGUAUGUGAGGACAGGAUGCAGGUCUGUGAGCCCCCAGCUGGUGAGAGCAGAAAGUGUCUAGAGCCAGAUCUACUCACUGAUGAUAUUCUGGAGGAGUGCAGGUCUCCUUCACCACAACUCACCGUAACACAGAGAGACAGCAGCAUAGAUCAUGUUACCACAGCUUUUACUCAUGAUCAUACCAUACCCGUGUCUGAUGUUGACGGUAGCACAUUCUUAAAAGAUGAGGCCAAACUUGGGCCAUACCAGAAACCACAUCUGGGUCUUAUCUGGAAGGACAACACUGCUAAUCUAGACGAAGCUGAGGAGAACAAUGCGAGUUCAGUAGAUGAACCUGAGGAAUUCACCAAGUCUCACCCCCCCUCACUAAGCAAACGUUCAGCAUCGAUCCCAGGUGUUUCUGAUGAAGAGCUGGAAGAGGACAUGGAAAGGUUUAAACUUGAGGUAGGGAUGCUGAAGGUUGUCUUCUUGGAUUUGGAGAAAGAAAAGGUCCAACUCCAGAAAGAGGUUGGCAAAGAGACGACAAAGACUGCAAUUCAGGUGCAAAAAUCCAGUACUUCCUGGGAUUCUGGUGGAACGGCAUUGGAAGAAGUGGAUACUGAGAAACCUGAGACCAUGUUAGGAUGCCUGUCAAGUCAAGCUGGAGCAAUUCACCAGGAACAGCAGCCUGUGGCCACCAAGAGGUGUAUUGCUCUCCAUAGCACCAACGGGGCACCAGUGCAAUUGCAUCUCCCACUCCAGCAGACCUACAAUAGCAGCAAACAGGAGGGGCAAGCUGUAGAGGAGACCUUACAGCUGGAGCUGGUCAGAGGGGCCCGGCGCAGUAGAGCCCCUCAGACCAACACCCAUGUUAAUGGAGAUCUUCUCUCUGUGUUUGACGAUAGCACUUUAAGUGACGUGUCGGACGAUGAAGGAAGGUUGUCAUCCAGCGGACAGCAGAAAAACGAGAACCCUGAGGAAGUGGAGAUGGCAGAAGACUUUGAUGAACUCACUCAGUCAUCGGACACAGCCACAGAUGACAUCGACUCUCCCACUUCAGGCUAUCGUCAUGCAUCCCUCCUCAUUCAGAAUCUAGACUCAGCCACUUUGGACUCGAGAAGCAUGGUGAAGCUGCAGAACAUUUUCCAUGAAUAUGAGCGCUCCAUCCAAAAGGCAAGGAGUCGCCAUGGGUACCUGGCAGACAAGGUGAGCCAGCUGGAAAUGGAGAGGACGGAGCUGAAGAGCUCUCUGGAGGAAGUUAAAGAUGUCAAGUCUGGCUUGGAGCGCAACCAGCUGGAAUUGCAGACUGAAGUAACAAAUCUCAAAUUUCAGCUAAAACAGGAGCAGGAAAAUCGCCGCAACGCCACCAUGAUGUACGACACCACCAGAGAUAAGCUGAGGAGGACGGAGGAGCAUCAACAGUUAGAAGUUCAGGAGAGACAGAAGGUGGAGCUUACGCUCAGGAAUCUGGAGCUGGAGAUGAGAACAGUGGUCAACAACAUGAAACAGCUUGAAGAGGACCACAGUGAGACCCAGAGACUGCUGGCUCAGGAGCGCAGUGCUCGGACGCUGCAGGAGAAUCUGCUCAAUAGCCAUCUCCGUAAGCAACAAGAGAUAGAGGACGAGAACAAAAGAAACCUAAGUAAAAGCAAUGAGGCCUUGUCUCAGCUCACUGAGGCCAGUGACAGGGAGAGGGAGUUGCUCCAGCAGACCGCUACCUUACAGGAGCAGCUGACCAUCCUGAGAACAGACCUCGAGCGUUCGCAGGCCAACAGCAGUCUCAAAGAAAGCCACCUUUUGGAGGAGAACGAGGCCCUCAAGGAACAGCUAGAAGAUGCUCGGCGAGAUCUUAAACUCAACAGUGAAGCCCUGACCCAAACUGUCUUCAACUGCAAUAACCAGGUGACCACCCUGAAGUCUGAGUUAGCUAUAACAACAACCCGCCUGGAAAAUGAGCGGCAGACUCGUGAUACACUGGAGGCAGAGGUCGAGUCCACUCGUGCCCGCCUGGCUGGAGCCGUAAAGGAGGCAGAGCUUUGCCUGGCAGCUCACACGGACACAGAGAGAGCUCUGCUCCGGGAGAAAGAGGAACACCAGCGUCUUAAAGACAGACUCACAGGUGAAGCAGCCAGUCAACAUGAGGCAGUCAGCAGCCUGUCCCAGAAGCUGGCGAAGGCAGAGGCUCGGGCAAACAGCAUGGAGAAUGAAGUUCACCGGGUCACACUGCAGCUGACGGAGAAAGGCCUACUGCUGGAGGUCCUACAGCGGGAGAAGGACCAGGCAGCUGUACGUGUCAAGGAGCUAGAAACUACUCUGCAGGCCGAGAGGGAGCUGGUCAGCCGUUCCGGAGCACGCCAAGAGGCCACACAGGAGCGAUUAGCCCAAGCCCAGAGUGAGGGCAUGUUACUACGGCAACAGCUAGAGGAGGCCCAAAACAAAGGUGUUGCAAAGGAGCGUGCUGUGACAGAUGCCCAAGAGCGCUUCAGUGACAUUCUGUCCAAGCUGCGCUCUGACUGCGAAGAAAGAGUACAACUAGUGGAGGAGAGAAAUAAGGAUCUCGCCAGUAAGGCUGCUGAUCUCCGAGAUCAGAUCUACAAGUUAGAGGAAGAGAAGAACGAAAGAGAGACUAGUCUAAGGCAGCUGCAGCAGGAGCUAGCUGACUCACUCAAGAAGCUGUCAAUGAGUGAAGCUUCUCUGGAGGUCAACACACGCUAUCGCAAUGACCUGGAGGAGGAGAAAGCUCGGCUCUUUAAAGACUUGGACAGGCUCAAAGGAAAGCUGGAGGAAAGCGAAGACCAGUAUGUGCAGGCUGAGAGACGUAUUAACAGUCUAAAGAGCAGCCUGGAUGACAGGGAAAAGGAACUCAUCACUGCUGCUCAGAAACUCCAGGUGGCACUGUCUGCCUCAGCAGCUUCUGAUACCACCAUCAAACAGCUGGAGGAAGCUGUGCAAAGGCUGGAGAUAGACAACGCCAGGCUGGAAGCUGCUGCAAAGCAACAGUCCAACAAAAUUGAUGCACUUCAGAAAGGGGCUCAGGAAGCUGCCAUGCUAUCUGACUGCUCACCUGGAGGAGGGGUCAGAGGACAUUUGGAGGACUUGGUUACAAACCUCCAAAGCAGUAAGAUGACUUUGGAAGACCAACUCAGUAGAGAGGUACAGAAGCAAAGCAUGCUGUCUCACACAGCCCAGGACUCUCAGGCCUUGUGGGAGGAGGAGCUGAAGAGUCGCUCUAAGUUAGGACUGCGCCUGGCAGAGCUUGAAAAGGAAAAAGGAGAACUGAGCACCCAGAUGGAAAUAGAAAAGAAGAAAGCCAAGAAAAUAGCAGAGCAGAAGAAGGCUGUAGACACCCGGCUUGAUCAAGAGAUGAAGAGAAACACAGAGCUUCAAAAAGAAAUGUACAGGUUGCGUACUUUAUUAAAGACUGCAAAGAAGAAAUUGCGGGAUCAGGACACAGGCGGAGCUGAAUUUGGCUCUCCUAUGAGCAGUCUGCGGAUGGACCUAGGCAGACACAGCCAGGCCGAGGGUGCCUUUGGACGAAUGAAAGAAAAGGUGGACGAUCUGCAGGUGCAGCUGGAGAAGGAAGCGUCCCGUCGCAGCCAGCUAGAGAAGGUGAAUGGGGAACUUAAGGAUCAGCUAGCCUCCCUGAAGAGCCUGAGCCGCAGUAAUGACCAGUUGGAGAGGAGUAAGAGGCAGUUGGAGGAGGAGGUGCUGAACCUGAGACGCCGAAUGGAAGCCUCUCAGAUGGAGCAGAGCCAGGUGGAGGAGUACCGCCGUGACGCAGAGGAGAGGGCCCGUCAGGAGAUACAACAGAAACUAGAGCAGGUCAACGUCUUCCUGCAGUCCCAGGCAGCAUCCCAAGAAGCAUUGGAUCAGAUUAAAGCUGCCAAUGAGGCCAACCUACGCUCCCAGCUGGAGCAGAAGAUCCGGGAGAUGGAGGGGGAACUGGGCCGGGCCCGCACCACCCAGCAGGACAGCCUCAACCAAAGAGACUCCACACGCACAGAGCUAGAGCGAUACCGCCAACUCUACACAGAGGAGCUGCGCCUCCGCAAGUCCCUGGCUGCCAAACUAGAGAGGGCCAACAGUCGGCUCGCAGAAGCCAAUUCCAAGUUGCUCAACGAGCGCAGCAGGUCUCUGAUCACCAGCAGCAUCGCAAAUGGUAGCUUUGGAGGGCCCUCGCUGGACGUGGGCUCUUUGGGUUCACCAGCAAACUAUGGGGCAACACUGGGGCCCCUGAACAGGAGCCUAGGCCUGGGACUCUCUCUCCUCAGCCCUGUGACUGAGGGACAGAACAGCAGGGUGGAGGACUACCUAGCAAAGAUGCAGAGUGAGUUGGAGAGAAGCAUAUCAAAGGAAUUAAACAAUGCCACAGCAGAGCUGGACGUUGCUUCAGCCCGUAUGUCACCGGUGGGCUCUGCCUCGAGGGGGGAGCUGGACCCCGUCAGCAGGGCAACGCAGCAGUACUUGGAAGUACUAAAGAAAAACAAUAUGAUCUGAACACAUAUCACAGCUGCUCGCAGUCAAACGUUGUAUUUCAGCCAUUAAAACAGUUUUAAAUACUGACUGCACUAACAAUAAGGCCAAAGCCACUGCCCAGUCAUAUAACACCAAGACUUUGUACGUAUUUACUCUACCUUCUUUUAUGAAAGAAAGCAAACAUAAUGUACAUUGCACUUAACCUCUCAGGAGCAAAGGGCAUGAGUCAUAUUAUAUAUGUUGCAUUAAUGAAGGGUACGGUUAGAGAGAACCUCAAAAGUAUUUGUUCCUUCUGACUCAUUCUGUUCAAUCUGUAACUGUUUUGUUUCUAUUAGCACAAUAUAUAAAUACAGAAUUGUGGUUUGGAUUUUGUUUUGUGAAUAUUGGUGUUGCUAAAUUUGAUGUACGCAUCAUUAAUAAUUUUGCCAAGAUAUUACAUUUGGUAUGUGCCAUCAAAUGGUGCAAUAUCUGUCUUGGUCUUACUUUAGUAGACUCAUUGUGUUGAGUGUGUCUAUGAUUAUUUUAUUUAUUUUUUUUAUGAACAUGAUAUACUUGAAUAAGACGAGCUGGAAUACUCUCUGGCUAUUGAAACAGGGUGACUUCAUUGUACAACUGUCAUUUUGUUUAGUAUUCAUACAUACUGUAACAGAAUAUAUAUAUAUAGGAAAACAUUUAUGAUGCCUGUACAUUACAGAAGACUCUAAAGUUAUAAAUAAAACUAAAAAAAAAACUGAA